AUUUUGUUCCGGCAAAUUUGACUCCCCGAAAAAUGAUAAUGAACUGUUUUUCAAAAUGUCGAGGUUAGGUUGCAAUUGCAAAAGAAACAAUGGUUCUGUCAUCGGCUAUUGACAUUUGAAAUGUCAUGUUUAUUCAACCGCCAAAAUAAACAUCGACCGCAUUAUAUUGAGUUGUUUGGAUUGCAUCUCGACAUUUAAUAAAACCAAAUCUAAGCUAAACCGUGAGUCGUUUCCUGGUUUUUUGACAGUAAAAUCAUAAAUAAUUAUUUGAUAAAGUUUUUACGCGCAAACAUGACAACACGUUCGAAAGGAAAAUCAACUCAAAGUGAUCAAAAUAAAAUUGCAGCCAUACAAAAGCACCUCAACAAUCGAGUGUUUCUUCUCGAUGCCUCAUUAAUAGACAAACCGUCCGACGGUGACAUUCAAAUAAUCUCAUUGCGAAAUCCAUCCAAUGAAAAAUCCACCAAAUAUUUAUACGCCAAAGAGAAACAGCAAUUUUUCGAAUUGUUAAGUUUCAGCGAAGAGCAUCGCUCAUGGUUUGCAAAUGAUACAGUGUAUCCAGAUGGAAAUCUAUACAUAACAUCACCAUUUGAUCCACUGUUUUUGGCAUUGUACUAUAUUCGACGGAAUAGUUCAGAUCGAUGCCAACCGAUCGAUCAAACCAUUGUCGAUGAAGAUUUCACCAAUACUCAUCUCAUAGCUGAUGUGAUGACAGUGCAACAAAUGUCAAUGAUCGCUGAUCAAAAAGGCGAUGCAUCUUUGAAGGCAUUCAAAUACAACGAAAGCAAGGCAUUAAUUUGGUUGUCGUUGAAAUGUGAAAAAUUGGCGAAAUCCUUGAAGGAAAGUCACUUUCACAUUGGUGCCAAAUCUAUCAACUAUAUCAAAACGGAAAAAGUUGGCAACGAAUCACAAAAUGAUGGUGAAUAUUUGUCGUAUGCUUAUGGAAUCAUUGGCGAUUAUAUCACAUUGGAAUUGUGCGAAAAACUAUCGGAUAAAUUGGGAUUGGAAAAGAUGAAACCGGCGAUGGCGGGCAAAAGAAAAUCAUUAAUCGAACUGGAAAAUAAUACAUUGAAACGAAUCAAAUCGGAAGAAAACUUUGCAACGGCAAAUAUGUUGGAAACCGUUUCACCGUCACCACCACCACCUAAAGAGAAGAAAGUGUCGGCCAAAGAAUUGAAAAUGGCCAAAGCGGCCACUGGCACAAAAAGUAUAUCAUCAUUUUUCAUGAAAAAAUAACAUUGUGGUGUUAAGAUCAAUGCAGACCAAUGAAGUCGAUUCCAUUAAGCAUUUUUUAUUGUUA